AUGAACAGAUGGAAUUGUACCACAUAUGAUGAACCACAACAUCAAGUUUUCGGUGGAGUCUUAGAUAUCAAUAGCAGAGAGAAGGCAUACAUUCAUGCGGUGAGUGCGGCCGGAGUUGCCUAUAGUAUGACGAGGGCCUGCAGUAAAGGAGAGAUCAGUGACUGUGGAUGUGAUGACAAAGUGAGGAACAAAGACACUCGAGGCAAGUGGGAGUGGGGCGGCUGUUCAGAAGACAUCCAUUUCGGCGCUCAUUUCAGCAAAGAUUUUGUGGACGUUAUUGAAGCUAUCGAUUCAUCGCAAGGACUCAUG